AUUUAUCAAUACAAUCUCCCCACAUGAACAACUAAAAUGAUGAUUAUCUGCCUUCAUUGCUAAAGGAAUUUCAGGGAACCGAAAAUGCAGAGGGACAGUUAUCUGAAUAACAAAAAGUUAAGUAAGGCCUUGCUUUUAUUACAAGAUUGGGGAACUUAGGCUUGAUGACUCCAAUGAGCAAUACAUUAACGACAGAUUUCGAGUAAAUGACAUUGGACACAUCACCUAAAGAAAGCGUAGUUAAUCCACAAAACUGUCUCAUUAUAGACACCAUUGAUGAAUAAGAAGAAAAUAUAUUCAAAUUAUAAGUACAAGGAACACUUAGUACUUAGAAACAUUAAAGUUUCAAGGUACCUAAAGAAUAGAAACGAAAAUCUCCAAAGCAUAAAACAUGUGAACCUCACCUGACUGAACCUCUUGGCUAAGGAAUUGAAGAAAAUUAGGAUGCUAUUUUAGAGAUGCAAUCCCCUAGCUCUAAUGACACUCCUCCUUUACUCAAUGCUCAGACUUUAUAGGUUAUAAAGGAACUGUGGAAUUCAGAAAAGAAUGAGACUGAGUAUUUCCAGGACAUCAUUGACGGUCAUUCCAUCCCUCAAGGCUUGGCUUAUGAUUAUAGUUACCUUAACUAACCGCUAUACUCUCCACUUCUUGAAUCUCAAAGUCCUCAAGCUAAAUUUGAACCAGAUGUUGAAAUGGAUCUUUAGGUGACCUCUUUAGUAGUAAUAAACAUGGCAUAAAUCUAUAGGAUUAACUUUGGGGAAACCAGAUUGUAAGCCGCAAAUUGCAGAAGAUGUUGGAACAAGGGACUUAGGAAUAGAAGGAAUUGAUCACAUGUAAAUUGGAACGCAUCAGUCCACAAAUUGAGAAGGAUGUAUUUGGCAAUUACGUAGUUCAAAAAAUCUUUGAAUGCAGUAUAAUUGACUCAUGAUAUUUUAGCUAAUCAAAAACUACAAUUUAGGAUGUUUAAUAAAUUAAAGUCCCAUUUCUAUGACUUGUCCAAGAAUAAUUUUGGAUGCAGGGUGAUGCAAAAAUUGAUUGAAUACACCUACAAUCGUGAAGAUUUGUAAUUGAUUGUACUAUAGCAAUUACAAUCUAACAUGAGAUCUUUAAUCUAUGAUUUGAAUGGAAAUUAUGUCAUUUUUAAAAUGUUGGAAACUUAUGACAAAUUGAAAAUGGAAUUUCUCAUUCCCAUUGUAGAAGAAUCUGUAUAUUUACUCAUUCAACUAUUUAGUUUAACUACAUGGGCUAAUAAAUAUAUGGCUGCAAAAUUAUUCAUAAAGUUAUAUAAUAAUACACUCCACAACAAAUAAGUAGAAUAAUUAGAUUAUCUGUGUAGAAUUAUAGUAUACUGAGUUAAACUGAAUAUGGAAACUACGUCUUAUAACAUAUAUUAUAAUAUUGGAAACCUAGCUAAGAAAAGGGAUAUUUAGUUCAAUUAGUUAUAUAACAAUUUUACUAGCUUAGUGUUAACAAAUACGCAAGGUAUUGUCUAAUAUCAUUUCAAGCAAUACUGUUGAACGAGCCUUGGAAGUCCUAGGUAAGCAAGAAUUAGUGGCAAUAAUGAAUUGGCUUGUAUGUCGAAAUCCAAAUUAAUAGUAAAAUACUCUCUCUAUCUCUAGUUCAAGUAAUUUCGUCAUCCUAGCCAAUCAUCAAUAUGCAAACUAUGUUAUAAAGAAAUUUUUAGUUUUGAGUGAUCACAGUGUACAAAAAUAUAUAUCAGAUCAUCUAUAGUAAAACUAAUCUGAAUUAACAGCCAUCAAAUCGACUGUGCAUGGUAUCAUCUGAAAAUAUAUUAUAAAUAGGCCAAAGAAUUUAUAGCCUUUUGGAAAAAUCUAUCCAACAUUGAGCUUUAUU